UCUUUAACGUUGGGAUCAGAUGAGUACAAGGCAGCACUACAGGUGAUCAGACUGUUAGCAUUACAGCAGACACACACAGAACCAGAUGGAGCACAGAGAGGAGGCUGAGGGUGAAACCAGAGUUUUAUAAAGGUCUACAGGUCUGGCUUCAAAAUCCUUCUAAUCUGACCCUGAGGAGAGAAGUUCUGACUUUGAGAGGGAGGAGGGGGCACUGCCUCUAAAAUGAGUCUCUCUGGGGAGAGAGAGGAAGGGGGCACUGCCUCUAAGAUGAGUCUCUCUGGGGAGAGAGAGGAAGGGGGCACUGUCUCGAAAAUGAGUUUCUCUGAGGAACAUGACAUGGACACCAAAGCUAAGAGCCCAAUCCAGCAGAGACCAGCCUCACCUGUACCCAGCUGUGUGUCCAUGAAGAGUGACUGGUCUAUGAAUCAACCUAUCAUGUUCAGUGAUGGAGGAAGACCUUCUAAUGAGGAAGGUAUGAGACAGCAGAGACCAGCCUCACCUGUACCCAGCUGUGUGUCCAUGAAGAGUGACUGGUCUAUGAAUCAACCUAUCAUGUUCAGUGAUGGAGGAAGACCUUCUAAUGAGGAAGGUAUGAGACAGCAGAGACCAGCCUCACCUGUACCCAGCUGUGUGUCCAUGAAGAGUGACAGGUCUAUGAAUCAACCUAUCAUGUUCAGUGAUGGAGGAGGACCUUCUAAUGAGGAAGGUAUGAGACAGCAGAGACCAGCCUCACCUGUACCCAGCUGUGUGUCCAUGAAGAGUGACUGGUCUAUGAAUCAACCUAUCAUGUUCAGUGAUGGAGGAGGACCUUCUAAUGAGGAAGGUACGAGACAGCAGAGACCAGCCUCACCUGUACCCAGCUGUGUGUCCAUGAAGAGUGACUGGUCUAUGAAUCAACCUAUCAUGUUCAGUGGUGGAGGAGGACCUUCUAAUAAGGAAGGUAUGAGACAGCAGAGACCAGCCUCACCUGUACCCAGCUGUGUGUCCAUGAAGAGUGACUGGUCUAUGAAUCAACCUAUCAUGUUCAGUGAUGGAGGAGGACCUUCUAAUGAGGAAGGAGAUCAACAGGAGAAGUCUGAGUCACACCAGAGUCACCAUGAGGACUUGUCCUCCAUAUUCACAGUGCUUGAGGAGACCGUCAUCAGGUUUGUGAAGAAAGAGCUGAAGAGGAUGAAGAGGAUUCUGAGUUCAGAUUUUCCAGAAGGCUUAGAGAGUCAGAAGGAGGACCAGGAAGUGGUGGACCCUGAAUAUCAGAAGCAGGAGAGCAGUGCCAGAGAGGGAGCUCUGAAGAUCACACUGCACGUCCUGAGGAACAUGAACCAGAAGGAGCUGGCUGACACUCUGGAGAAAAAUGAGCGUGCUGAGAUUUGUCGACAGAAACUCAAAUCUGAACUAAGGAAGAAGUUUGAAACUGUGUUCGAGGGCAUAGCUAAACAAGGAAACACUACUCUUCUCAAUAAGAUCUACACAGAUCUCUACAUCACAGAGGGUGAGAGUAGAGAGAUCAAUAAAGAACAUGAGGUGAGACAGAUUGAGACAGCAUCCAGGAAAUCAGCAAGAACAGAAACAGCCAUCACAUGCAACAACAUCUUUAAACCCUCAGCUGGACGAGUUACACCUAUUAGAAUUGUUCUGACAAAAGGAGUUGCUGGCAUCGGAAAAACUGUCUCUGUGCAUAAGUUCAUCACGGAUUGGGCUGAGGGACUAGCCAAUCAGGAAAUCCAGUUCAUCUUUCCUCUCCCGUUUCGAGAGCUGAAUUUGUUGGAUGGAGAAGAGUUCAGUCUGAUGGAACUUGUCCAUCACUUCUUCUCGGAAACCAGAGAAUCAGGAAUCUCCAACUACGACAAGUACAACGUUCUGUUUGUCUUUGACGGUCUGGAUGAGUGUCGACUGCCCUUAGCCUUCAAAAAGAACAAGAGAUGGUGUGAUGUCACAGAGUCCACCUCAGUGGAUGUGCUGCUGACCAACCUGAUCAGAGGAAAGCUUCUUCCCUCUGCUCUCAUCUGGAUCACCACUCGACCUGCAGCAGCCAAUCAGAUCCCUUCUGAGUGUGUUGACCUGGUUACCGAGGUACGAGGGUUCAAUGACCCACAGAAGGAUGAGUACAUCAUGAAGAGAUGCAGUGAUGAGAUCCUGGCCAGGAAAAUCAUCUCACACAUCAAGACAUCAAGGAUCCUCUACAUCAUGUGCCACAUACCAGUCUUCUCUUGGAUUACUGUUACAGUCCUUGAACACAUGCUGAGAACAGAGAAGAAAGAGAAGAUGCCCAAGACCCUGACUGAGAUGUACACACAGUUUCUGGUGUUGCAGACCAUACAAAAGAAAGUGAAGUAUCAUGGGAAAACUGAGACAGAUUCAGACUGGGAUGAAGACAGCAUUCAGAGUAUUCAGUCACUGGGAAAACUGGCCUUCCAUCAGCUAGAGAAAGGCAACCUGAUUUUCUAUGAGAAAGACCUGAAAGAGUGUGGAAUUGAUGUCUGUGAUGCCUCAGUGUACUCAGGAGUGUUCACACAGAUCUUCAGAGAGGAUCGUAAAGUCUUCCAGAAGAAGGUGUUCUGCUUUGUCCAUCUGAGCUUUCAGGAGUUUCUGGCUGCUGUGUUUGUGUUUGUCUCAUUCAUCAACAACGAUGAGAAUCUGAUGUCUGAGAAUCCAGUACCUUCCAGUUCCAACAAACUGUUGGCUCUUUUCAGAGAGAAACCAGAAGUCCAAUUCUACAAGAGUGCUGUGGACAAGGCCUUGCAGAGUAAGAAUGGACAACUGGACCUUUUCCUCCGCUUCCUCCUGGGCCUCUCAAUGGAGUCCAACCAGACUGACUUACAAGGCCUACUGACUCAGACAAGAAGCAACACACAGAGCCAUGAGAAAACAGUCAAGUACAUCAAAAAGAAGAUCAGAGAGAAUUCCUCUCCAGAGAGAUGCAUGAAUCUGUUCCACUGUCUGAAUGAACUGAAUGACCAUUCUCUGGUGGAGGAGAUCCAACACUACCUGAGCUCAGGAAGUCUCUCCAGUGAGAAGAAGCUCUCAUCUACACAGUGGUCAGCUCUGGUCUUUGUGUUGCUGACUUCAGAAGAGAAGAUGGACGUGUUUGACCUGAAGAAAUACUUCAGAUCAGAGGAAGGUCUUCUGAGGCUGCUGCCAGUGGUCAAAGACUCCAAAACUGCUCUGCUGAAUGACUGUAACCUCUCAGAACGGUGUUGUGAAGCGCUGGCCUCAGCUCUCCCCUCCUCAGAUCUGACAGAGCUGGACUUGAGUAACAACAACCUGGGGGAUUCAGGCAUGAAGCUGCUCUCUGCUGGACUGGGGAAUCCACUCUGCAAGCUGGAGACACUGAGGCUGUCAGGCUGUCUGGUCACAGAGGAAGGCUGUGCUUCUCUGGCCUCAGCUCUGAGGUCCAACCCCUUCCACCUGAGGGAACUGGACCUGAGCUACAAUCAUCCAGGAGAAAAAGGAUUGAAGCUGCUCUCUGCUGGACUGGAGGAUCCACACUGCAGACUGGAGAAACUCAAUGUGGAUCAUGGUGGAGAGUGCUGGAUCAAACCUGGCCUUUUGAAGGCCUGGAGACAUGCCUGUGAGCUCACACUGGACCCAAACACAGCACACAGAGAACUCUCUCUGUCUGAGGAGAACAGAAAGGUGACGAGGAGAGAGGAGCAGCCGUAUCCUGAUCACCCAGAGAGAUUUGAGGACUGGGAACAGGUGCUGUGUAGAGAGGGUCUGUCUGGGCGCUGUUACUGGGAGGCAGAGUGGAGUGGAGGAGUGGUUCAUAUAGCAGUGACAUAUAAAGGAAUCAGCAGGAGAGGAAGGGGUGCUGACUGUAGGCUUGGAGACAAUAACAAGUCCUGGAGUCUGGUCUGUGAUGAUAACAGUUACUCUGCCUGGCACAAUAAUAAGAGAACUGCCAUACCUGCCCCCCCCUCCAGCUCCCACAGAGUAGGAGUGUAUCUGGACUGGCCGGCCGGCACUCUGUCCUUCUACACAGUCUCUUCUGACACACUGACCCACCUGCACACAUUCCACAGCACAUUCACUGAGCCCCUCUAUCCUGGGUUCUGUGUUUGGCAUGACUCCUCAGUGUCCCUGUGUCAGGUAGAAUAGCCCACACACACUCUCACACACUGUGCUCACAUAGAUGUCAUUGAAGAUUGAACUGUAUACAGUUGGAAUUGAUAUCCCAGAGUGUUUGUAAAUAUUGCUGUGUGUAGAAUGUUUGUUUUGUUUUAACCUUUAGAUGUAAAUAUUACUGAUAUUAAAUAUUAUUAAUAUCUCUAAAUAUUACCGACGCUUCCACCAGAGUGAGUUAUUUUUCCAAAACGGAAGCUAGCUAGCUUUAGUUAGCUUCCGUUACCUAGCAACCUAGCAUAAUACUCGUAGCAAUGCUACUACCUGCUAGUGUUACUUGUUAGCCUCCUAAUUGUACAUUUUGAAGCCGUACUACAGCGUUUGUCAUGUCGUUUUUGUCUGUCGAAAAAUAGUCGGUUGGAAUGUUCAGAAUCACACGUGUGACGUUACUCUGUGGGGCUUUCUCUCUCUCUCUCUCUCUCUCUCUCUCUCUCUCUCUCAUCCUGUUUGGGCAUGUUAUCAGUAUUAUGGAAAAAUUCUAGUGGCACUGUGUAGAUUUGAAUAGUCAAGAGAUGGCGGUUUCAAUAACUUUAUUUUGCUUGUACAAAUUAAGAAUUAACAAAGUACUUUGUGAUCAGUCAUAACGAAGGAGGUGCUAGCCACAGGUCGUUCGCAAGAGUGAUGAAGAACAACCCUAAAACCCUGCCUUAUAUAAACUUUAGAUCAAAUGGUUCUUCUGAUGGUCAAUCCAUCAAUGUAGCAAACUCUGUGAUUGGUCAGCACUGCUCAGUGACAGUUUGACUCCAUACCAAGUGUCCCACAGUUCUUUGAUGUGGCAUCUCUCCCCAAACCAGUAGAUAGUAAAACCACAGGAGUUCACCAGUCAAAUGGUCAACUGUCCUUUGUGUGGACAUCUUCAAACAAGUAUUUAAUUAACACCACCCAUGCAACAGGAAGGGUCAGAGCAGCUUGAUCAGUUCAUCUCUUAAACUGCUCCCUCAGGUCACAAUACAGUUGAAUCCACAUUGUCUCCAGACCAGCCGUCUCAUCCUCCCCAGGUGUCAUAAACUGCAAAUGGCAUCUCUACCAAAUGGAGUUGAUUCAACAUUCGUUGUAUCAAGCUUCUUAACCAACUUUAAACUUCUCUUAAAACACUGUAUUGUAAAUUUCCACCACAUCAGUUAUCAGUGUCGAGGGAGGAGACAGACUAUGAUAUUUGACAACAACACUAUGUCAUUAAGGGUUUAAAGAAUAUUAUAUUUCUAUAUCCUAUUUAGACUACUUUGAUUCUCUAUAGACUGGGGAGCUAGUGCUAACAGCUUUUAGAGUUUGCCAAAAAACAUCUAAAAGAGCCUGUACAGUUCUGGAACAACAUCCUAUGGACAGAUGAGACCAAGAUCAACUUGUACCAGAAUGAUGGGAAGAGAAGAGUAUGGAGAAGGGAAGGAACUGCUCAUGAUCCAAAGCAUACCACCUCAUCAGUGAAGCAUGGUGGAGGUAGUGUUAUGGCGUGGGCAUGUAUGGCUGCCAAUGGAACUGGUUCCCUUGUAUUUAUCGAUGAUGUGACUGCUGACAAAAGCAGUAGGAUGAAUUCUGAAGUGUUUCUGGAAAUAUUAUCUGCUCAGAUUCAGCCAAAUGCUUCAGAACUCAUAGGACGGCGCUUCACAGUGCAGAUGGACAAUGACCCGAAGCAUACUGCGAAAGCAACCAAAGAGUUUUUUAAGGCAAAGAAGUGGAAUGUUCUGCAAUGGCCAAGUCAAUCACCUGACCUAAAUCCAAUUGAGCAUGCAUUUCACUUGCUGAAGGGAAAAUGCCCCAAGAACAAGCAGGAACUGAAGACAGUUGCAGUAGAGGCCUGGCAGAGCAUCACCAGGGACGAAACCCAGCGUCUGGUGAUGUCUAUGGGUUCCAGACUUCAGGCUGUCAUUGACUGCAAAGGAUUUGCAACCAAGUAUUAAAAGUGACAAUUAGAUUUAUGAUUAUGUUAGUUUGUCCAAUUAUUUUUGGUCCCUUAAAAAGGGGGGGGGGCACAUAUAAAAUGUGUGUUGUAAUUCCUACACCGUUCACCUGAUUUGGAUGUAAAUACCCUGAAAUUAAAGCUGAAAGUCUGCACUUAAAGCACAUCUUGAUUGUUUCAUUUCAAAUCCAUUGUGGUUGUAUACAGAGCCAAAAUGAUGAAAAUUGUGUCAAUGUCCAAAUAUUUAUGGACCUAACUGUAUAUUUGUACAACAUGGUUUUUUGUAUUGGGAAUGUUGGGAUGAUCAUAGAGAAUCGAGGAUAAAGAACCAGCAAGUUUGCUUGUUCAAUAUUUCCACUAUUUUAAACAGUUAUCAUAUUCCAAAGGAAGAAAUAUUAGUGCAUCUAAACCAGCCAAGAUAAAUUAGAGUAGGCUAUAGGGAAAGGAAUUGCACAUUUGUGUGCAAGAUAAUAUUUCCACAAAAACUCCCCCAUUAAAUACAAUACAUCAUGACAGUUUGCAUGAUUUGAAAUGGUCACUUAUUAUCACACUGGUAUUUAAUUAUCACAGCAAACAAUUACUGCACUGAACUGUAAGUAAAGCAAAAAUAACAAAACCUGUAAUUAUCACUCGAAUCAUUCACGUCUUCUAUGCUAAACCUAGCAGUCACGUGAACGUGAAUGAGGUGAACGAAUCCUUUCUGUUUCCUCUACUGAGCCAAUGCAACAGUCCCUAUGCGCUGCCACGAGAAGAUGAACGAAUCACUCACUGAGACGACUCGUUACUCCCCAGUCAUUCUAAAGAUUUGUUCAAAAUGAAGGAAUCGUUCACAAACGACACAUCACAACUGGCCUCUUGGUUGACGUGAACAUACCACUUUACAAUUAA